AUGGAUAGAGGGUUUUUCGGCGUGGUCGAUGAUGUAGUCAGACAACCAGGAGCGCUCUUCGCUACCGCGGAGGGCGGUGCUGGUGUUGGUGCUGGUGUUUGUGCUGGUGUUGGCGCUGGUGUUGGUAUUGGUGCUGGUGUUGGUAUUGGUGCUGGUGCUGGUGUUGGCUGGGAUCGAUGGGUUCUGAGAGGAGGGUUUAGCGGUGGUGUAUCUAUACACGGAAGAGUCUGCAGCGAGUGGAUCGCUGUGGAGGUCUGGAUGGAGAUGGGUGAAAGCCGCGCUGGUGAAUAUCAGGGAGUAGAGAAGCGAACUAGUCUAGUUCUCGCGUACUCUCUCCGUGACAACAAUGAUGAAUAUGACAGCAAAGAUACCCCCACCGCAGUCCCUGCUUCCGCGAUGAUGUUGAAGGCAGUUGAGACAGAAAUUGUGCUCCAAGUCCUCAGCCAACUUGUCCUCUACUUCUUUUUCUGGAAGGCAUUCAGCGACAUCUUUGAGGAGCCACAAGAGCCGGAUGAUAAGAACAAAGUCGAACUUUGCAACUCUCCAACCACAGCUUUCAUCAGCCUCAUCUCAUGCUUCAUGCAGAUUGGGAAGCUGGGUGGAGAUGUGGCAGCAAAAUGGCAGCGUGGAAGCAGCAACUUUGCCGACAGCACUCGCGGCUUCCUUCCACAUCGGGCAGCUGCCUUGAUUGACGUGCCCGUAGAGGGGAAAGGAAAGGAAUGGAAAGAGCCACCGUCCAUUUGCCGGAGUAGAGUUAAAACGCACGUUACCGCUCUUGCUCUUGCUCUUGUUAUUGAAUUCACCGUCAUGACCAGCAGCUUUAAGCGCAACCUCGCCGUCAAUCCUUCUACAACGCCACAGCACCACAACACCACAACCAACAGCAAUAGCAACACCAACAUAGCUGCUGGUGUGCCAGUUGCCAAGAUGAAGGACCAUGAAACCCAGAAUGCCCGUGCAUGGGAUGCAGACUCCGUGGCCGAUGAUUUGACUGUAGCUGGUUCAACGGCAGAAGAUCGAGAUGACCGUGACUCCACCCAAGGCGACACCAGACCUCUGAUCGAAUUUGCCUCCGCGGAAAUCUCUCCCCCACCACCUGUACUUCAGUACCCUCAAGGACAGUCGAGUCUUCGCCCCUCUGGUCAACCGGCUCCUCGAUACCCGCCAGGACUUUCAAUUGCCCCCUUGCGCGAACAUCGCUUCCAAGGGAACAACCCUGCCCAACAGCCCAGAAAUGUCCAGAACCACACCACCCCGGGUGGCUUUGAUCGCCUGGCGUACGGCCAUCCGGGCCCAAGAUCAUCUAGUCAAAAUCUUGGCUAUCGUAACACAUCGGGUGUAGAUGUCCAAUUUAACCCUCCACACCGAUUCACCCCAAGCUCAAAGGGCAAGCCACAAAACGCAAACGCAGUUCGCAACCGCCCAGGCUCUAUGCACGGCAAUGCUCAAGUCACUCCAACGAAGACAAGUACUAUGCGCGGCAAUCUCAAAGGCACUUCAACCAAGGCAAGUAAAAAAUACAGCACCACCCAACGCCGGGGUGGUACCUAUUCAGGCGUAGGAAGCGUCCGUACUACUUCAGAGGGCAACAACCAGAACAUCUCUGGAAAGGCUCCAACUCCUGCAGCUCUUGGGCCAGGCCUUACGCAAUCAGCUAGCGUCCCGCAGCUAAGUGGACCUCGAUUCCAACACGGUAGCGAGAUCGGCGGAAGCACGGUUGAUACCCGAUUCUCUCAUAGAAAGAUGGCUAGUACUUCGACUGCUGCUCGCGCUUCCGUCGCAGGAUCGAUCCCCUAUACGCAUGGCUACACUGGGCGACUCCAGAAAGUCGACCUCGUCCCUGCGACUAAAUGGGCUGGACUUCCGAAACUCGAGACAGGAAGAAAGGUUGUCUCGAAGGGGAUGUCAGCUGCGAACCAGCAGGACAGAGGCCAAUUCAUGAAGGCGCCGGCACAGGAGGAACAUUUUGCUACCAUGGCCUACUACCUGUGGCCUCUCCCAAACGAGGGCCCAACCUCUCUUUUGGGGUGGAGAAUGGAGACGUUGAACCCAUUGAGAGUCGAUUAUCGUGUCUUCAUCGAGUCCAACGUCGAAGGUUAUUGCAUAAACAUCAGCUCGCGAGUGCCUGGUCAAGACUUGAAGCCAGUGAUUGAUGGCAUCCGACUUGCUGUACAGCACGCACACGCCAAGAAGAUCAUGGCCACCAACGUGUACUUUGUCGUCCCACCAAAUGGUUCGGCGAUGAAGACAGUUGUCAGACCACGCGAGAGCCGACCCGCCCCCGACAAGUUUGCCAAGUUCUUGGAACUGGCUGGAGACGAUCUGUCGCCAACUGAGAAGAAGGAAUGGGAUGAGGAUCGCGGACGCAAGGUACUGGAGUAUCGCAAAGGCUUCCAAGACCAUCUUAUCAAGAACCUGAAAUUGAUUGAGCCCUUGAAGGGAUGGAUGAGAAUGCGUACCAUGUUUGGCCACGUAGAACUUACCGCAUACUACAAGGGUUUUGCAGCCUCCGCGGUCAGUUAUGAAAAGUUCCUCAAGAUGGUCGGCGAGCCGCGACAGACAGGUACUUUCGACAAGAAAAUCAGAGAUGCGAAGAUUGUCAUGAAGUUGAAAGACGAGAUCGUAAAAUCCGACCACCCCCGUUUCGUUGCAGCUCACGGCAGUACUCAAGACCUCCGGGAUAUCAAGUUCAAGAAUACCGAAGUAAUCUUUCUCACCACGUCGGGUGGCCAAGGCCUUCGUGUAGAGGCAGAAAUUGACAGGGUCUACGAGGACGGGAUCCUGGUAUACCAGAUUGGCUCUGUUCAUCUCUACCGUCAUGACAAGAGCGACAAAGCAAAGACAACGGGAAGAAACAAGUUGAUUCAGAUGACAACGAUUGAUAUCGAGAAGGAAAUCGAUUACAAACUUGACGUGAAGACCGACGAAGAGGUUGUCUCGAUUCCAUCAGGAAUCUAUCAACUCAUCAAAGACUCCAUCUCUGCCAAGUCUGAUGUACGUGAGGAUGAGCUUGGCCUGGAGUAUCCACAAGUGAAGCCUCGUGCGACCUCGCAAAUCCGCAUCGACAAAAUCGUAGUCAGAAGCGAUAUCCAGUAUAAGCUACGGGAUUCCGGCUACAUUGUUGAGAUCGCCAUCUACCGAUCCUGGGCGGGUACGACUAGUACCAGAGGGGAACCGGUCAUGGAGGCAUCUGUGUCGAUGUUUCACCCUCUUUGGGACGAGUGGAUGGAGUCGAUUGAAAACACAAGCAGAUUUCGUGACUUUGGAGGAUCUGGUCUCAACAACCUGUUUCCUAGCAGCCUAGACUGGACGGGCUUGGAGAUAUUUUUUAGAGAGACGACGGCCGUGCAGAGUCUCCUGGUCAAGGCAACCCAACAGAGAGCUUUCCAGGUUCGAGCAGCAGCGCUUGCAGCUGGUGAGGUCGGACGAGAGUGUAUCUGA